GUACAUACAAUAUCUAGUUUUAUAGUACAUCUUAGGCACCUAUAUUGGUGAGUCAAUUUUGUUGGACUAACUUGGACCAAUCGUGUAAGACCACGAUCGCAAUGGCGGCGUGGCUGAACAGUUUUGUGUUAUCGGGUGGUUAAGUAGUGGUUUAUAAAACCAGCAAGUCUGUUUUCUUAUUUAUUGAAACGUUCAUAUUACCGUGGCUCAAUUUUUUAUUCAGUCAUGUACCACUGUGGUAUAUUAUUGGUCUUAUUAGAUCUAUCUUUAGAUGUUGUUGGGAGCGUAUCACAGUUAGAAAUUGACAGACAUUUGGAAUUAGGUAGAGAAUUUUUAGCAAAGGGCCAGUUGCAAGAUGCAUUGUCACAUUAUCAUGCAGCUGUUGAGGGAGAUCCAAAUAAUUAUUUGACAUACUAUAAAAGAGGCACAGUAUAUCUAGCAUUAGGUAAAGCCAAAUUUGCACUUCUUGAUCUUGAUAAAGUUUUGGAGUUGAAGCCUGAUUUUACUUCUGCAAGAUUACAACGUGGUAAUAUAUUACUUAAACAAGCUGAAUUCAGCAGAGCAGAAGCUGAUUUUCGAGAUGUGCUAGCAGUUGAACCAUAUAAUACAGAUGCCUUAAAUGCCAUGUACAAAAUAGCACCUGUGCAAGAAGAUUUAAAAAUUGUAGACAGAUUAACGAGAAAUGGGGAUUAUGCGGCAGCUGCACAAUUACUUACUAAAGUUAUUGAAGUAUGCCCAUGGUCUGCUGAAUUAAGGGAACGUAGAGCUGAAUGUUACGAAGCUCUUGAAGAUUACAUUAGUGCCAUCUCUGAUGUGCGUUCUACAACUAAAUUACAAUCUGAUAACACACAAGGAUUUUUAAAACUAGCAACUUUACAUUACCGUCUUGGACAAGUGGAUGAAUCAUUAAAGGAAAUUCGAGAAUGUUUGAAACUUGAUCCAGAUCAUUCAAAAUGUUUCGCAUUUUACAAGAAAGUUAAGAAAAUAGCAAAAUUAUUAACAGAUGCACAGUCAUCUGAAGAUGCAAGAGAUUAUGACAGAUGUAUAGAGAGUGCUCAAACUGUGUUGAAACUUGAACCAAAUGUAGCCAAUGUACAAUUUAUCGUUCAUCAACUUCUAUGUAAAUGCUAUACUGGUAAUUCAGAACCGAGUCAAGCAGUCAAGAAUUGUCAGGAGGCAUUAAAAAUACGGAAGGAACCCGGAGUAUAUUGUGAUAGCGCCGAAGCGUAUCUAGCUGCCGAAAUGUUUGAUGAUGCAAUUAGAGAUUUCAAGGAAGCUUUAGAAAUCGAUCCAAGCCUACAACGAGCCAAGCAAGGUCUUCACAAAGCACAACAAAGACAAAAACUGUCCGAGUCGCGAGAUUACUAUAAAAUUUUAGGUGUGCCAAGAACAGCAUCAAAACGUGACAUUAUUAAGGCGUACCGAAAGGCUGCGCAAAAGUGGCAUCCUGAUAAUUUUCAGGAGGGAGAAGAAAAGAAACGAGCGGAAAAAAGAUUUAUUGACAUUGCAGCUGCCAAAGAAGUACUGACUGAUGAUGAAAAGAGAGCAAAAUUUGACCAAGGAGAAGAUCCGUUAGAUCCCGAAUCGGGCAAGCAUCAGCAAGGUUUCAAUCCCUUCCAAGAAUUCCAUCACUUCCAUGGUUCUCCCUUCCAAUUUAAGUUCCAUUUUAAUUAGCCAUUUCUUCAUCGUCACGAUAUUAGCCCAAGUAAAAUUAUGAAAUUUUCAUAAUGUCGCUUUAUAUGCGACGUGGUUUUUGCUACCUUAGCUGGAAUUUCAUUUUGCUAAUCUACCUCGUCGGUAGUCAUACGUCUUGCAUCUGCAUGAAAUUAAAAGACUGUACGCGGUAUACUGUCAAUCAAUCAGUAAGUCAGAGAGGCGACCAAUAAAUAACUAAAAUAUAUCUUAAAUGCAUUAUUAAACAAUUAAAUUGUUUGAACGGGGUAACGAUCUUAUUGUUUUGCCAGUCGGUAACUUGAUCAUGUAGUUACUGGCAUUUAUUUGCAUUCGAAGAUGCAAAAAAGAAAGAAGAAAUACAAUAGAGUAUUUGCUUUUCUCUUUCCGUAUUUUCGAGUAUAAUCGAAGUAUUCAAUUGGAUUUUUAAUGAGAAUUAUAUAUAGUGUAAAUAACACGUACACAUAAUUUAAUACGUUAUUUAUAAUAAUUUGUACCGAAUAAAUGGAUUAUAAUUUCAAGUGAUUGACUUACUGAGAAUAAUUAAUGGAAAAAAAACAUAGUUGAUGCAGACUGAACAUAAAAUAAUCGAUUUUCAAUGACGCGAAUAUUUUGUUGUGUAUAAAUUUCUUACUAAUUAAUACACGAGACGAAAGUCAUGAUUAAACUCUUGCAAUUUAGUAAACAAAGUUAAACCCAUAGGAUGUAUGGCGGUGACACUGCCAUCCGAAUGUUAAAGCGGGCUGUGGAUCAUUGAGUUUAGCUUGAAACUGUACGAUGAUUAGGUCCCGCAUAAAUAUAACGAAAGUCAUUUUCGAUAAUUCUCAUCGAGUACAGACGCACGAUUCAAAUAUGGAUAAUAUGUAGUAUAUUUACUUACUGACCAUGAAGUGGCCUGUAUUCGAUGUUGGUAAACGUAGAACAGUGCUGUGUGCGUGUUACGUUUGCAUGAGUGUGAGAGAAUCUUAUGUAAAUACUGUAUCUCUAACAUUUGUUUAAAUAUAUUUGAAUAAUUUAUA